AUGGAGGAGUAUGUUUAUCUUCUAGGUAUACCAAUUUAUCAUAGGGUUCCUUUUAGUGGUUUGAAAGGGAUUCUGGAGUCUCAAGUUAUUGCUGGAGCUAUUCAUUUGAAGAAAUAUGAUGUAGAUGCUAAUCUCACUGUCAAAGGAGGUAUCAGAGGGUUGACUUCAAAGUUUCUGAUUGAGAAAGCCUUUUCUUUUGCUAAUGUUGGUAGUAUGGUGGCCUUUGAAACUAUUUUUUCCUUACUUAUCUAUGGUUCGGUCUUGUUUCCCAACAUUGACAAUUUUGUUGAUGUUAAUGUUAUUAGGAUCUUUUUGGUCGGGAAUCAUGUUCCAACUUUUCUUAGUGACACUUAUUUCUCCAUUCAUCAUAGGACUUCUAAGGGAAUCAGAACCAUUUUCUGUUAUGUACCUUUGAUGUACAAGUGGUUUAUUUCACACUUGCCACAGUCUCCUAUCUUCAAAGAAAAUAAGGGUUGUUUAAGGUGGUCUAAAAGACUGAUGUCUCUCACCAAUGAUGACACCACUUGGUAUUCUUCUGUUUAUGAAGAUGUCGAGAUUAUUAAUAGUUGUAGGGAGUUCUCUAGUGUGCCUCUUCUAGGUACACAAGAAGGAAUUAACUACAAUCUGGAUUUGGCAAGACAUCAACUUGGGUUCGCUAUAAAAGGCAAACCUAAUAACACUUUGUUAGAAGGUUUAUUUUUCCAAGAAGGGAAAGACACUCAAAGAUUAAAGGCUAGGAUGGUGCAUGCUUGGCACAAUAUUCAUAGGAAAGGAAAAAGUAAGCUUGGGUUGAAGAAUCAUGUAGCUUUAGAGCCUUACACUAUUUGGGUGAAUAAGAGAGCAAAAGAAUUCAAGAUGCCUUACGCUUAUGAGAGAUCUAUAUAUGUAGUAGUAGUCAAAUCACCCAUUAUUCAUAUUGAAGACAUAAAGGAGUUGCAAGAAGCUUUGGAUAGGAUGAAGCAAGAGAAGGAUGCUUGGAAAGACAAGUUUCACGCUUCAAACCUCAAGAAGAUAGAAUUGUAG